UGUUUGGUCACACAGCUGGGCCGGUGCCAUGGUUACUGGGAACGCAGCAGGUUACAGUAACGGUCGGCGUGCACGCGCAGAAAGAUACCCGUUGUUUGAAUGGAUUCAUUUGCUGAAUUAUGCUGCCGGAGUUUUAGUUUUGGUUAAUUAUAAAAUGACAUAAAAAUAGAUGCUGUUUUUUUUAAGGAUCCUGUUUAUUAACAUCAGUUCGUGUAUAGUCAUCAAAUCCUAAACUGGAACCAUGAGCCGUGAAGUUUUUGGAGACCGUCUGCCUCCAUUCGUGCGUAAUCUCACCUGCAACAUUCUUGCGCAAGACCCACGCUUCAGCAGUCAGGUCAUAACGGCUCUGGCGGGAUCUCUAUAGGAACAGCGCGCGCGCGCGCACACACGCACAAGGUCUAAUUACUGGACUUUGUGCUGGUGCAGCCUACACGUGAGACGGAAGCUGUUCUCGACCAGAGGCGCGCGUGCGCUCUAACAACACAGCCGACGGCUUUUGCAAAGUGGCAGCUCAGGCGUCCACAGCCAUCAUUCUGAAUCGCAGCUCCGCUGGAGGACACACACUCUGCUCAUCCUUUCCUUCAGCUGUCCCUCCGUGUGGGAGUCCCGAGCACCUCCCUUCCUAGUGAAGCUCAGAACCGGAUCGCCAUUAGUGGAAAAGUGAUGGAUGAAAGAAUACCGCACUUACAGGACAGGCAGUUCAUGGAGCACGCGGAUUUAUUAGGGAUGGAUUUCCCUCCACUGUACAUGUGCAAAUCUAAAAGAGGCAUAAAGCGGGAGGAUGGAGGGAAGGACGCGUACAAAUUACCGCACCGGCUGAUCGAGAAGAAGAGGAGAGACAGAAUCAACGAGUGUAUUGGUCAGCUGAAGGAUCUGUUACCUGAACAUCUGAAGCUUUCGACGCUCGGUCAUCUGGAGAAGGCGGUUGUCCUGGAGUUAACUUUGAAACAUUUGAACGCGCUGACUAAUGUCACCGAGCAGCAACACCAAAAGAUCAUCGCUCUACAGAAUGGAGACCGCUCCAUGAAAUCCCCUGUGCAUGCUGAUCUGGACGCAUUCCAUUCCGGGUUCCAGACCUGUGCCAAGGAGGUUCUGCAGUUCCUGAGUCAGUUUGAGAAUUGGACUGCCAGAGAGCAGCGGUGCGCGCAGCUCAUCAACCACCUUCACAAGGUGCUGGCGCAGUUUCAGCCCGACGCGCCGCCGCUCCAGCACCAGCUGCCCGCCGGGGACGCACAGGACGCGCAGAGGUCUGACAGCCAAGCCAACUGCGUCCCGGUCAUCCAGAGGACCCAAGGCGGAGAGCUUAACGAGAACGACACGGACACGGACAGUGGAUACGGCGGAGAAGCCGAAAAGAGUGACGGGAAGGAAAAGGAAUGCGAGCGCAACGGCAAGGCGCAGAGAGCUGUGAAGAUCAAGCAAGAGUUUGGAGAUGACCGAGCUGCCAAAAAGACAAAGAUGUGCUGGUCUGGGAACGUGAUCGGAGGCGCGGACUCAAUCAGGCCAGAUGUGGCAUUCAUGAACUCUCUGAUGGGAAUAAGCACUGUGGGUCAGCAGACACCGAUCUGCAUGCCUUUCUACUUCAUCAACCCAUCAGCCGCGGCGCCUUACAUGCCUUUCAUCGAUAAGAACAACAUUGAGAAGUACAUGUACCCGGCGGCGGCUGCGCUCGCGUCCCCGUUCCCUUGGCUGUAUCCCGCACACGCGUCAGCGGCUGCGGCCGCAGCGGCUGCGGCCGCCUUCCCCGGUCUGACCGCGCACUUCGGAGUCUCGCCUCAGACCAAGGACUCCCUCCCUUUAAACCACAGCGGAUCACGCGAGGCUGAGACAGGCUCACCUGAAGAGGGCGAGGAAAUCCCCGCGAGUGACGACGGAGACAGUGACGUGGGCGACGCGUCCCCGGAGCGCAAGAACAGUCCAGACCCGACAGCUUGUCAGACGAGCUAAAACGUCUGUAUACCUCUGCAGUGUGGUGACGAGUUGAUGUAUUUACAUUUUUUAAACCGAGUUAGUUUUUAAAAACGGAGUUUCACUGAAAAGUCUCUCAUGUACAAACUUUUGGUGAAACUGCAGGACAGUUUGUGACUGCGCGUGCCUUUUGCACUUAUUUUCAUUUAAACAAUCUGAAUGAUCGACAAUGAUUGACACCCCGCAGCUGUGUUGUUGCUGUUUUUUAUCCUCUUUGAUAAAAAAUAUUUUGACAUGGCAGCAAUGGUGCCAAAAGCUCUGAGUAACUCAGCAGGACUCCGACUAGUGAUCCGGCUGACCCCUGCCUGUCAGCUGGCAGACUGACUGUAAAUAUUGAGGAAUCGGACUCAUUACUGUGUAAAUGUGCUCUAAAUGAGAAGUGCUCCUGAACCCUCAUUACCUCACUUCAGCUUUGCACAGGCUGGUUGGAAGACACAUUUCUGCCCCUCCUGAGGACAAAAACCCAGAAUGCUCCCAACAUCUGAAUAAACCCAUCUUAUUGAGCAAUUAUACAUUUAAACGAAAAAAGAAAAGAGUAUGACAACUAAUUUCCUUCGGUUCAUCUUGAUAAAAGUCGAUAAAAGCAUUAAAAUGAGCUAACUGGAAGAAGUAGGAGUUCCCAAACUGAAGCAUUUCCUCCUGGAGGUGCAGGAACCGCCUGCAAACCUCCAGGAAACAUUGUAGGAUAGCACCUUAAUGAUCUUUAUUGAAUGUACCUGUAUUUUCCCAGCUGUUUCAAUGUAGGAUGAGACGUUAAGUGCACUUUUUUUCUGCUUUCUCGCCCCAGUCAAUCACUGUUCUUUUAGAAAUUUCUCUUAUGUUGAGGCGUCUCGAUAGAAAACUCCGGCCACCAACACCUGAGUGGAUUUGGGAGGAUUUCAUGCAUCAGAGUGAUCCACAAGUCUUACAAAUUUCAUAAAACACUUAAUCAUAUCAAACUCAAUCUCCCAAAAUUGACAAAUUUUAAAAGAAUGAUGAUUAUUAUGUUAAAGUGUGAAGAUGUGAAGAACUUGGCCUCUUUUUUAACAGAUCCCUCCAAAUGUAAUCCUUUUUUUACAUUUCACCUGUAUGAUUAAGCACAGAGUCAUUGUAUUUUGCAGUCAUUAUGAAGCUUUUGCAGUUUGAAUCAUCUGUUUUUUGCCUCACAUCACUUAGAAGAAGUGGCAUGUGUGUGUGUACAUAGUUUUUGCGAUUAAGUAAACACGUCCUUGUCAAUGUUGUAGACGUCUAUGGAUUUCUUUUCUCUUUUUUAAAGAUUAAACUGAGCAACUGUUGCACAUUUCGUUGGCGCUUUACACGUAUGCUGUUCUAAAUUAUUGCUGAUGAGUUGUAAGAAUAAACAUCCAAAACUAUAAA